AUGAGAUUUUCGACUUUAGCCUUUUUGGCUACACCCGCUCUCGCAGCUCCAGGGUAUUUCAACCUUCAAUCUCCAGCUGAGAUCGCUUCUCAAGCUAUCGAUACCGCUCAAUCUUGGUUGACCGAUGCUGUCUCUUCAGCCAAAGAACAGUGGGAUAUACUCGAAUCGAGUAACGAUGAUAUCCCACUCAAUGUAGAGAGUGUGGAGAUGAAUGGCAUUGAAUACACAUCCCUAUCUCACCCUGCAUUCCCCCUUCAUCGACUCCGAGUAGUCGAGCCUGAAUUAUGUGACCCGACCGUCCAUCAACUAUCAGGUUACUUGGAUAUCAGUGAUACCAGACAUCUUUUCUUCUGGUUCCAAGAAUCUAGAUCUAGUCCCAAAGAAGAUCCCCUCGUUCUCUGGUUAAAUGGAGGUCCUGGUUGUUCAUCUAGUACUGGAGCUCUAUUCGAACUUGGUGGAUGUAAUAUUGCCGAUAAUGGAGAAAACGUCACGUUCAAUGAGUUCAGCUGGAACAGUGUCGCAAACGUCCUCUACCUCGAUCAACCAAUCGGUGUCGGGUUCUCUUAUGCUGAUCAAGGAGAGGUCAACAAUUCUCCCGCUGCCGCUGAAGACGUCUACGCAUUCUUAGUCCUAUUCAUCGCCAAGUUCCGACAAUAUGCUAAACAGGAUUUCCACAUUGCCGGUGAAUCCUACGCUGGAACUUACAUCCCUAACAUUGCAAGCGUCAUUUACAAAAACAAUCUCGCUCUUGAUCUCGCACCUACCCCUGGAGUACCUAAGCUUAACUUUGCAUCAGUAAUGAUCGGUAACGGAUUGACGGAUCCAUAUGCUCAAUUCGGUUCUGUACCAGACUGGGCAUGCGAUCAUUCUCUUUCUAAAUACGCUCCCUACCAAGAUCCAGAAGGUCCAGAAUGUACUGCUCUUAGAGGCAAAGCUCCUAGAUGUCAAAAUCUCAUAUCUAGUUGUUACAAGACCAACUCCAAAUUCGCUUGUGUUCCUGCAGCUUUAUACUGCUGGAGUCUGUUCAACGAAAUGCAACAACUUGGCCUCAACAUGUACGACGUCAGAAGAAAAUGCGAUAAAUCAAAGGACGCGGAUGGACCUCUCUGUUACAGAGAAAUGGGAUGGAUGGAGACUUACCUCAACAAACCUGAGAUCAAGGCUCAAUUGGGUGCACCGGAUUCAGUCACUUUCCAAAGUUGCAACAUGCAAAUCAACCAGAACUUCUUACUCCAAGGAGACGCAAUGCAUAAUGCCGGUGCAUUGCUGAAUGAACUCAUCGAUUCUGGAAUUAGAGUUUUGAUCUAUUCAGGAGAAGCUGACAUGCUCGUAAACGCAAUCGGAUGUUCAAGAGUAGCAGAUAACCUAGAAACCAAAUACUCUUCAUCUUACGCUAAAGCUGAAAAGAAGGUGUUCAAAGAUUCGAACAAGAAGACAGCUGGAUGGACUAAAUCUACCGGUAAAGGUGCAGGUAAUUUGGCUUUUGUAGGAUUUAGCAAUGCUGGACAUAUGGUACCUCACGACGAUCCAGUCGCUGCUUUGACAAUGUUCUCAAAAUGGUUAGCCAAUAAACCAUUAGCUUGA